UGUAAAAAGAUGCACAAUAAAUAAAUAAACAACAUGGAUACGCAAAUUUUAGACGCCGUAAACGACUUUCUGAAAGUUGAUUCCAUAGACGAAGCGUUUGUCAGCGUCAUUGUUUUCAAGUCCGACGAUGAUAAAGCGAGCAGUUUCGCAAAUAGUCUGAUAACCGCAUUUGGCAAUGUGGAGAAUCGGGAGCAGGUAGUGCGCUCAUAUCUGCUGCGGGCUGCCGAGGCGCCCAGUUAUCACAUGCAGGUGCUGAUGGGCGCGCUUCCCAAAUUGGUGGAUGCCCAUCUAAUAACAGCCAGAAUGCUGUGCGAUAAGGUGUUGUCUUGCGAGAAGCUCGACUAUGAGCGCAAAACAUUUUGGAUCGAGAGUUUUCGGCUCAUAAAGAAGGUCAUCGCCCAGGUUGACUACAAGGGUGUGCGGGAGAUCAUGAAGGCGUGCCGUGACAAGGCUCAAUGGUUUCCCCUCAACGUCAAUGUCACAUAUCUGCCACAAUUGCUGGCCGUCGAGGAAAUAAUACGCUUCAUAUUCGAUCGUAAUAAUUGUUUGCUGCCCGCCUAUUUCAUAGCAAAUGAAAUAAUGCGUCCGUUUCCCUAUCACUGGAAGCUCAACCAGCUGAUGACGGAUUUUGUCGAAGAGUUUCGCACCACAGCGCAAAUGGUGUCCAUUAUUGGUCAUGCCAAUAUGCUGCCCAUUGUAGAGCAUUUCGGGUAUGCGGAUCACUUGAUGAACUCCUGGCGACUGGAUCACAACACUUUGAAGUUUAACUUCAAGGGCAGUCUGCCAUAUGAACCCGAACUGCUGGAGGAUCAGACCCCGCUGUUGCGUUAUGUGCUCGAGCAGCCAUAUUCGCGGGAAAUGGUUUCGGUCAUGCUCAAUCUACAGAAGCAUCAGAAGCAACGUUACAAUGCGCUCGAGGAGCAGCUGGUCAAUCUGAUAAUACAUGCGAUGGAAAUGACUGAAACGAAUGAUGCCACUGCAGGCAGUGGCUUCAAUGCAUCCGACGAACAAAUCUCGCCCAACGAAUGGGUUUGGCUACAUCUCUCCUCACAGCUGAUCUACUUUGUGCUCUUUCAACUAGUCAGCUUUAUGCACAUUGUGAUGGCGCUACAUGAUAAGCUAUCGAAGCUGGAGCUGCGCAAGGGACGCGAUCAGCUAAUGUGGAUACUGUUGCAGUUCAUCUCGGGCAGCAUACAAAAGAAUCCAAUCACAAAUUUUUUUCCUGUGUUUCGACUGUUUGAUCUGCUCUACCCAGAGCAGGAACCACUAAAGCUGCCCGACUACAACAAGUCAUCGCUAGUUCGCCACAUGGCGCCCAUCUGCAUUUGGAUUCAUCUGAUGAAAAAAGCGCGUGUGGAGAAUAUGAACAUAACACGACCACUGCCCAUCGCACUCAAGAAUCAUCAAGACUUUCUACAGCACCUGGUCGCGCCGAAUAGCAUGAUGAACGUUACAUUGGGCAACGAUUUUCGCAUUAUACUCAUCUGCAAUGCCUACUCCACGAAUCAGGAGUAUUUCGCGCGACACAUGAACAUCUUGCUGGAUGCGAUGAACGGCAAUGCCAAGUCAGCGAAUGGCACACCAAUCCCAGCAGUGACCUAUUCCGUUUCAGUGCUCGAUAGCCUAACGUUGCACAGCAAAAUGUCGCUAAUUCACAGCUUUGUCACCCAAAUGCUGAAGCAGGCGCAGAGCAAGACGCUGGUGCCGGCACCGGCUCUCAUUGAAACGUACGCCAGACUGUUGGUCUACACUGAGAUCGAGUCGCUGGGCAUCAAGGGUUUUCUGACUCAACUGCUGCCAACGGUAUUCAAGAAUCACGCCUGGGCCAUGCUUCACACGCUGAUGGAAAUGUUCUCGUAUCGCUUGCACCAUGUGCCCACCCACUAUCGCGUCCAAUUGCUGUCGCUGCUCUACUCACUCUCAUCCGUGCCGCAGACAAACAAAAUGCAAUUGAAUCUAUGCUUUGAGUCGACCGCUUUACGUUUGAUUACCAGCAUUGGCUCCGCCGAGUUUCAGUCACAGUUCUCGCGCCAUUUGAAUGAUAAAUCACCCGGCGGUGUGGCAUCCAAUGAGAGCGAGGAGCUGAAUCGUGUGCUCAUCUUGACGCUGGCGCGUUCUAUGCAUGUGCAUGGUGGCGGUGAUGAGUUGGCCGGUUGGUGCAAGGACUUUCUGUCCAAUAUUAUGCAGCACACGCCGCACUCGUGGCCAUUGCAGUCGUUGGCCUGCUUUCCGCCUGCCUUAAACGAAUACUUUACACAGAACAAUCAUCCUGCUGAGAACAAGCAGCAGCUGAAAAAGUCUGUGGAGGAAGAGUAUCGCAAUUGGACAUCCAUGUCUAAUGAGAACGACAUCAUUGCCCACUUUUUGAGGCCCAACACAAAUCCGCUUUUCCUCUGCCUGCUUUUCAAAAUCAUAUGGGAAACGGAGAGCAUUAGUCCUGUGGCUUACAAAAUCCUGGAGGGGAUCAGCGCACGCGCUUUAUCCACGCAUUUGCGCAAGUUCUGCGAUUAUUUGGUCGCUGAAGUGGCCAGUUCUUCGGAUGGCCGCGACUUUAUACACAAAUGCGUGGACACCAUAAAUAAUAUGAUUUGGAAAUUCAACGUGGUCACAAUAGAUCGCCUGGUGCUCUGUUUGGCUCUGCGCACCCAUGAGGGCAAUGAGGCUCAGGUUUGCUUGAUAAUUAUACAGCUGCUGCUGCUGAAGGCCACUGAGUUGCGCAAUCGCGUCCAGGAAUUUUGCAAGGACAACAAUCCCGAUCACUGGAAGCAAAGCAAUUGGCAUGAGAAGCAUAUUUCGUUCCAUCAAAGCUUUCCCGAAAAGUUUGCACCGGAUGAGUCUGCAUCACAGAUCCCACUGCCCGUUUAUUUUAGCAAUGUGUGUCUACGUUUUUUGCCCGUUCUCGAUGUGGUUGUGCAUCGCUUCAUUGAACUGACCAUUCCCAAUGUACUUCAAAUCUUGUGCAUCAUAUUGGAUCACUUGAGCAUACUCUAUAAGUUUCAUGAUCGUCCCAUUACGUAUUUGUAUAACACAUUGCAUUACUACGAACGUAUACUGCGUGAUCACCUGGUAGUGAAAAAGAAGCUGAUGAGCGCUAUAACAAGCGCUUUUAGUGAGAUACGUCCGGCCAAUUGGAGCGUGAGUGAUCCCUAUAAAGUCUAUCUGCAAGGUCAGGAUACGUUAUGGACGCCCGAGCUCAGCUAUUACAUGAAUCUCAUCCGACGUCUGGCGGACACCAUCAGUGGAAAGAACGUCUUUUACACCACCGACUGGCGUUUCAAUGAGUUCCCCAAUGCGCCAACGCAUGCGCUCUAUGUUACCUGCGUGGAGCUGCUUGGUUUGCCGCUGGCACCUUCUGUCGUCGCUGGCAGCAUUAUCGAUGUGAUUGUCGAUGGCUAUGCGGUAAUACCGCAAAAGGAAAUACACAGCUACAUUAAUGCGGUGGGUAUUGUGCUGGCCGCUCUUCCCGAGCCCUACUGGAGUGCCAUCUACGAACGCCUGCAGGAUAUGCUAAACACGCCGAACAUGCUCAAUUGGACGUAUCGUUUCAAUGCCUUUGAACUAUUCAACUUCAAGACUGUGCGCGAGGCCAUGCUGGAGAAGAGCUAUGCCGUGGUGCUCGCCGUGGCACAUGCCGUCUUCCAUCACAUGGGCGCCUUUAAGCUCGCGGCCAUGACAAGGUACAUCAAGGAGAAGCUGAAACCCUGUGUGCGCACCGAGCAUCAGUUGUUAUACCUGUGUCAUGUCUUCGGGCCGUUCCUGCAGCGCAUCGAGCAGGAGAAACCCAAUGCCGUCGCAGGCAUUGCAAUAUUCCUCUACGAAAUGCUCGAAACUGUGGACAAGCAGCAUGGACCCAAGCCACUGGAGUAUAUGGAUCAGAUUUGUGAUUUUCUCUAUCACAUCAAGUACAUACACGUGGGCAAUAUUAUCAAAAACGAAUCGGAGGCAAUUAUUAAGAGGCUGCGACCACUGCUGCAAAUGCGUUUGCGCUUCAUAACCCACCUGAAUCUGGAGGAUAUACACAAUGAAAAGAGCGCUGAUGGCAAUGCAAAUAGUACUACAAAUUCCAACGCAAAUGCAAAUCAGUCUCCACUGCAACCACAGCAACAGCAACAACAACAACAGCAGCAGCAACAACAAGCUCAAACAGCGCCUGUGGCUGCAGCAACCACCAGCGUGCCACUAGGAAGUGGCGGUAAUCAGCAAAUGUACUUACAACACAUGCAACAACAGCAGCAGCAGCAACAACAACAACAAAUGCAAAGCAUGGGCAUGCGUCACAACUAGACAGCGAGUGAGAGAGAGUUGACCACAGAAACAACAACUAUAGUAGUAUAAGUUUAGUUCUAUGCAUUUGUAUUAAUAAAAAUAGUUUCUAAUUAAAUCGGAAAA